CCUCGGCAGGCCUUGUCGUCUCCCCUCUUCCGUUCCUCUCCCGUCGCCUCCUUCUCCUCCUCCUCGUCCUGCCGCCUGCCGUACCCGUAUCGACCCGAGUGGUGGAAUCUCCGAAGCGGCGCCGCACGUCGCUCGGGAGCGGACUGGCUGGGGCGUCCAUUUCGGAGCUGAGUCUAGCGGAGUGGAGAUCCGCAUAGAAUUCGAUUGGUUACUUGGAUCGUUGAGGUGAGAUGACGAACCUACAGCCUUCCCUCACCAUUCCGCCCUCGUUCGCCGGGGCCUCGCCGCCGUCUCCCUCUCCGCUGUCUGGGGGCAGUGGAGGCCCCGCGCUGGGCCAGGCGUCCAAGGACAAGAAGAUGGCGUCGGCGGAGCAGCUGGUGCUGGACCUCUGCGACCCCGAGCUGCGGGAGAACGCCCUCCUCGAGCUCUCCAAGAAAAGAGAGAUAUUUCAAGAUCUUGCCCCGCUGCUGUGGCACUCUUUUGGCACAAUUGCUGCGCUACUCCAGGAGAUUGUAUCAAUUUACCCUGCACUUUCACCUCCAACCUUAACACCUGGUGCAUCAAACCGUGUCUGCAACGCACUUGCACUUCUUCAGUGUGUUGCAUCGCACCCUGAGACCAGGAUCCUUUUUUUAAAUGCCCACAUUCCACUGUACUUGUACCCCUUCUUGAAUACAACAAGUAAAACAAGACCUUUUGAGUACUUACGGCUUACUAGCUUGGGUGUCAUCGGUGCUCUUGUUAAGGUUGAUGAUACUGAAGUUAUCAGUUUUUUGCUGCAAACUGAAAUAAUUCCUCUGUGCUUGCGAACCAUGGAGAUGGGCAGUGAGCUGUCAAAAACUGUGGCAACCUUCAUUGUCCAAAAGAUUCUUCUAGAUGAUGUUGGGCUGCGCUACAUUUGUGCCACUGCUGAGCGUUUUUUUGCUGUAGGCAGUGUUUUAGCAAACAUGGUUGUUUCACUUGCUGAUCAGCCUUCCACAAGGUUGCUAAAGCACAUCAUUCGUUGUUACCUCAGGCUCUCAGAUAAUCCCAGGGCCUGUGCUGCAUUGCAAAGUUGCCUCCCGGACAUGCUCAAAGAUGGAACAUUCAAUAACUGUCUGAGGGAUGACCCAGCAACAAGGCGUUGGCUCCAACAACUGCUGCAUAAUGUGACAGGCGGAGGCAUAGGAGGAGCUCCUCAGCCAGGCUUGGAUCACAUGAUGGGGAUAUGAAGCAAUCUAGCUGUUGCAAUUCACAACAAUAAUACAUCAUCUCGCAGUGAAUUGCAACUAGAGAAGAUCGGUCAGCUGUCCAGGAGAAACUAGUACGGUGUAGUUAAAUUUUUUGAGGGGAAAAGAAAAUUGUUGUUUUGUAUCAUCAUAAGCAAUGAAGCUGAUGUGCUUAUCAUGUAACGAUUAGAAAUAAGCACCCAUGCUGCUUCUGUUCUGUGCUUGCACCAGAACUCUUGCUUUGACGGUUCAAAAUCUAAGAACAAAGAAGAAGAACCCCAUUAUGUGAA